AUGGUCGGCCUCAAAGCAGACAACCUCGCCGUCAACGACGGCCCCUUGACCUCCGAGAAUGCAGCCCUCCUCCGCCCUUCAGAGCCAACACUCCCCCUAGAAGAACUCCGCAAAAGAUACGACGAAGACGGCUAUCUCUUCCUCAAGCAAGUCCUCCCCCGCCAGGAUGUCCUCGAUGCCCGCGAAUCAUACUUCUCCUCCCUGCAAUCAACAGGCGUCCUGAAGCCCGGCACAGAACCGGUAGAAGGUAUCUUCGAUCCAGCCAAAAGCCACCUAGACUAUCCUGGUAUUGGCGCCGGACACAUUGGCGGCAAUGGCAGGCCUGGUGGUGACCGGGCAGCGGCUUUUGUUGAUCUCGCUCUCGAUGCACACUACCAGGACUGGUACGCCGAGAAAUUCUGCAACCACCCGGCGCUGUAUGAUUUUGUUGCGAAGUUUUCGGACUGGGGGAAGAAUACGUUAAAUCUGCGCCGUACGUUGCUGCGGAACAAUAUUCCUGGUUCGAAGCCUAUUGGCGUGCACUACGAUCAGAUCUUCCUGAGAUACGGAGAUCCGACUAGUAUUACUGCUUGGGUUCCAAUGGGUGAUAUCAAGCUUAAUGGUGGCGGUCUGAUUUAUCUGGAAGAUGGUGACAAAGUCGGACUCGGGUUGGAAGAGGCCUUCUAUGCCAAGGCGAAGGAGACCGGUCUGACAGACGAAGAAGCCAAAUCCGCUUUCAACACAAACAUGAUGGCAACGGGUCUACUAUCCGAGUUCCCAAGUGAAUUUGCUCGGGAAAAUGGCCGUCGCUGGUUGGUGUCGGCAUACGAGGCUGGAGAUGUGGUGUUGCACAAGCCUCAUAUGAUCCAUGCGUCGACUAUUAACAACGACCCGGACAAUGUUAUCCGUCUUGCUACCGAUCUGCGGUUCUGUGACUCGUCCAAGCCAUAUGAUAAACGAUGGAUGAACUUCUACAAGUUCGGUGAUGGUGUUUAG